GCCCGCGUUGGCCGAUGUCAGCGACACAUCUGGAGACUUGUGGGAAAUGGUUGUUCAGGAGGCCCUUCAGGACCCCCGCUGGGCUAGAGUCGGCUCCACAAUAAAGGAGGUUAUCACACUGCUACGCAAGUGGCAACGUUGGUGUGCAAGGGCUGCGUUACAGAUUGAUGUGAUGCCCGACGAUGCGAAGGUUGACCAGUUGCAUGCGCAGAUGCUGAGUGAGCUUGAGGCUGCCUAUCACCGCUCAGCCAAGGACACAGAUAAGGACGCAAUGCUGAAGUCUAUGCUUGCUGAUGCUGCUGCUAUUCUUCACCAGUCGGCAGUUGGAGUGUCUGGGAAUGCUACCACGCCACAGGCUAGCUCGGUCACCCCGGGGACGCCCGGCUUGGAGCAGGUGUCCGUGACGUUAGCUGGCGAUGAACGCCAGAGUUGGUACAGGAUGUUCCCUUACCUGGAACAAGCGACAGGGCUUGAAGGUUGUGCAUCCGAAUGCCAAGCGCUCCAGUUGAUUGAAGAACUCGAGAUGAGUAGGUUGAAGGAACUCGAGAAUCAGGUCCAGGCUUUGGAGUGGAAGAUGUCGGGGCUUGAGAAGCCUAUCGAUCCUACCGUUGCUCUUCGGAAGUUUGGGGAGUCAGGGAGUAGGAAGGAUGCGUUGGUAGCAGUGUUUUCGCAGCCUUAUUUCAAGGAGGUUCCAGAUGAAGUGAAGGUGAAACUGGCAGAGGAGAUUCCUAGAAACAACCAAACUGAUGGUAAGAAGAUCCUUAAGAGGCUACCACUGUCGCGCGCAGCGAGGAGAUCCUUGUACAAUUCUAGGAAAUGGAUCGUUCAGCUGUGUGAUGGUUAUGAUGUUUCCCAGGAUCCAAUCAGGGUUUGGGGUAAGGAAAAGGGGUGUGAGGUGUUACAGAUUGACCUUCUGAGGAAAGGAGGUAAGGGAUGGGAUCUUACUAAGCCAGAAGGGGUGUGGUCAGUUCUUCUGUGGGCUGCAGCAGAAGGAAGGAUUACUUGCAUCACCUCUUCUGCCCCGAGACGUACUUGGCAAGCUUCUAUCAGCGAACGAGAUGAUCACUUGGCGAGAGGCUUGGAGUUUUGGGGCAGUGGUUUUGAGAAUGAAAAGGUUCUAAAGGAAAACCUCCUUGUCGUUCAGGAUCUGUUUCUUUGGUCCUUAGCGUCAGUCUUCAGGGGCGGACGCAUUCCAUUGGUGAAGGAGUGCUCUGCUGGAGUUGAAAGAGGGACUCAAGGGAGGGAUUUCUGGGAUACCGAAACCUGGCACCGGUUUGAGCAGUGGUCCGGGGUUAAGGUUGGUUUGGUUCCGGUUGAGGACACGAAGGGAAAGGACAUCAAGUACCUUUCGGUUGGGACCAAUCUUGAGUUUCCUGGAUGGAGGCCAUUGAAGGCGGUUUCCUCUUGGAAUUCAGCGUCUUGUUGGACCUUGGGAUUUCGGAGCAUGAUUAAAGGGGCUUUGUCUGGACACCAGCCUCAUGAGGAUCUCGAGGUACUUGAUGGAAUUGUUACGGCUGCCCUGGAAGGUUCGAAGGAGCUAACAUGUAAGGCAGGCGCGGUAAGGGCAGCUGACAGAGAUCUAUCGCCUGAAGAAGUAGAGGGUUGGAAAGCUCACAUUGCCCAGGGACACAUCCCUUAUCGAAGGGAUUGUCUUCAUCGUGUGCAGGGGUCCGGCUUGGGAAUCCAGCACCGAAAGGUGAAACACCCUUCUUCUUACUCAUUGAGCAUAGAUCUUUUCGGGCCUAUGGCAGUUAGUGAGAAGGGACAAGAUGAGGAAGCGGUGUCCGGAAUAGCUCAGAUUAAGUAUGGCUUGAUGGGUGCAUUUAGAGUACCAAGGGAGGUCUUGAGAAAGGAAAAGAAUGAAGGAGUUGAACCGGCUUCACCGGGCCACGAGGCCGAACCUGUUGAACCACUUGAAGAUCUCGCUGAAUAUGAACCUUCCUUGCCUGAUGAAGGGUUGGGAUUAGGUUCUCCGGUUCUUGAGGAUGUUGAGGAUUUGUUUGAAUCCUCAGAAGUUGGAGCACGGGCCUUUGCCUUACAUGAAGACUCUGAGCACCCUUUACCAUGGAAGGAUGAAAAGAUUCCUACGAAUGAUGAGGAGCUUCAGGAGUAUCUGAAGGGGUUGAUGGUCCCACCGGAUCAGGCUGUGUUACGGUUUUUCAUCGGCCUCAAGUCGAAAACAGGGGUUGAUGUGACUUCAGGUAUUCAGAAGAUGAUAUUGACGAUUAUGAAGCAGUUUCCAGUGAGGACCCUGCAUUGCGACCCGGGAACCGAGUUCACAUCGGAUGCUCUGAAGAGGUGGCUUUCGGAUCAGAAGAUCACCCUGCAGCACCCUCUACCAGCCGAUAAGCAGGCUAACGGGUUGGCGGAGAGGACUAUUGGCUGGAGCAAGGCCCGAGCUCGGACUUUGCUGAGCGCUACAGGAAUACCUACUCAAUUUUGGCCAUUGGCGAUUCGCUAUGCUUGUGAAACACACAAUAGGGUUGAAAAAGGGGAAUCACUCCUGCCGGCGUUUGGACAACAAGUAUUCCAUAAACUCAAGAGAACCCCAACUUCUGCGAAAGAUCUUAUGAGAAGAUGGGUAAUGACGAGGUAUUUAGCUCCCCACCUCACGGUACCAGGAGGUCAUGUGCUUCUUACCGACCAAGGAACAUUGGUGGCUUCGAAAGGGUUUAGAGCUGGUUUGGUAGAUCCUGAGGUUCUUGAACAGGCUAGACCACCUCCCCUACAAGAACUUGAAACUGAAGAAGAUGAGGCAGAGGGUCUUGUUGAGGGGGUACCGGGGGUUCCAUUGAAAAGGGUGAGAGGGAAGACUUCAAUAAGAGCUGUCGAGUAUGGAAAUUGUCAGACUGAGGAUCUUGAGGUUCUCUCUCAACGGCUAGUUCAGGAGGAGGAUUUCUCUCAGCAAGGGUUCCGCAUUGUCGCUCAGAAACUGCAGCAAUGUGAAACGGCGGCAAGUGGAGGUAGAAAAGUUGAUUUUGGUGGAAGGUUUGUGUUUGGUGCUUAUUGUCAUGGGGGUUUGCGUGGUGUAACUUCACUGACGAUUCGGCGCCCCUGGACCUCAAAGUAUUUGACAGGGUUUUUGAGGAGGCUUUGUGAAUUCGAGGAGGAGGCGAGGUGGUCAUCAGUGAUGCUCAUGAUUGAGUCUGAAGUUGAGCCACAUAAGGAUUUUAGGAAUGAAUGGGGUACUAAGAACUUUGUCGCUCAUGUCCCAGGCACCUUUGAUCUUAAAAUUGUUUCGGAUCAGGAGGAGGGAUCAACCACUUGUACCUUGGGUACCAGAGCUGUUUCUUUUGACCCGAGGAGGGUGCAUAGUGUUCAGUGUAACCCAGGUUGGUUCAUCGCAGCUUACACUCCUCUUGGUUCUGGAAAGAUUGAUUCUGACAAAAGGGAUUUCUUGAGUGAGCUUGGGUUUGGUUUCUUUAAGAAUGAGAUUGCUGCUAGUGUUUGUGCGGUUUCCUCCGGAGCGGCUAGUUCAUCUAGUCCUGUGAAUGAAGGCUCCCAAAUUCAGGAAGUCGGGAAAACAGAGGAUCCUGAUUUGAGCAUAGACGAGCAGCCAGAUAGCGUUACGCCAUUGGUUGGUUGGGAUGUAAAUCGGGGGGAUGAUCCCCCCACAGUCUUUGAAGAGGCUGAUUUGGCCACUUACCUCGAGGAAAGGGGUGUUGCCAGUGAGCUUGAGAGGCUUUCAGAGAUUGGAGUUCAAGAGGCGGUGGACUUGCAGUUCAUCUAUAUUGAGGAUCUUGUUGAGGCUGGUAUUCCUGAGGUGAGCGCCAGGCGAAUUAUGUUUGGAGUUCACCCUGAAGGAACGGUAAGGCCAGAUGAACCAAGUACGUGCGCCUUACGAACAGGUGAAGUGAGGCUUUAUGAUAGAGCUCAGAGGCAGAUACCGUGGGUGAUACAGAAUAGGACCUUAGAUUUCAGCCGUCCUCCACCUCCUGUGCAGGGUAUAGGUAUGAAUGAAGAGUUUGAGAUCCAUCCCCAUCCUGGACAUGAGCUGUUCUGGGGCCCAGAUGGGCCUAUUGAUGCAGAAGAAGAAGCUGGGGAUGGUUUAGAAGGUCCCACGGAGAUCAAGCCCGAUCUUCCCGAGGAAUCCACGGCAUCACGGGUUAUCCCACUUGUUGUUGAUAGUGCAGAUGAUCCACCUUGUGGAUCAGAUGAAGUUCCGUAUUCAGUUAGUUUUUCGAGGUUUGCGUUUAAUAAUACCACUGAAGAAAUGAUGAGACUUCAAUCAAUUUGGGAUGCCUUUGAUGGACAGGAAGUUCAACAGGUAGGUGGUGAGCCUUCGGAGAGUGUGCUCUUUCAGGAGGAGCACCCUACAUCAACAGGUAUGGUUGGAGUGACAGCGCAAGGUUCUGGGGUGUCUAAUGUGGUGUUAGAAGACUCUUGUCCCGCUGAGAUCACCGAUCUUCCGGAGGAAUCCACGGCAUCACGGGUCAUUAAUUUUAGUUGUAAGGCACUUGCUGUGGGGGGGGGUCAUUGA